UGGCGAUUGAUACGAAGUCGAGUUUGCGCUGGUGUGAAAUUGUUAUAAAAUGAUACCACUUUAUCGUUAGUCGGAGGAAGUUUCAACUACAGUUCAAACUUCUAGUGUCGUCUUUAGAAUCGUCUAUUGAGCACUGCUGGCAAGAUGGUCCGCAGUGGUGGAAUCUGGUUCAUAACUUUGACGGCAUUCUUGACGGUUGUUAUCUCGUCAUCUGCUGAAGCGGCUGAUGCUGGACCAAUCGAUGUCGAUUCAAACAACUUAUUUGAAUUAUCUGUUGUCCAUUUGAACGAUUUCCACGCCAGGUUUACCCCGACCAGCCCAUCUUCUGGAACAUGUUACGACGAGGACGGAUCGACUUGCGUGGGCGGUUUUGCGAGACUUUACACCGCUACGAAACGGCUAGUGAACGAAAGACCAAACGCAAUAUUUCUCAACGCAGGUGACAACUUUCAAGGCACUCUCUGGUACACUUUGUACGGUUGGAACGUGACGGGAACUUUUAUGAACAUGCUUCCCCACGAUGCGAUGACACUCGGUAAUCACGAAUUCGACAACGGAAUCGCCGGUGUCGUUCCGUUCAUGAAAAUGAUGAAUACCACUAUCGUCGUUGCAAACGUCGACGAUAGCGAGGAACCGGAUUUCCAAGGAUUGUAUCAAAAGAGCACAAUUAUCGAGAGGAAUGGUACCCGCAUCGGAGUGAUCGGCGUUAUGCUCUCGACGACGAACACCUUAUCGAGUACGGAAAAACUGAAGUUUCUCGACGAAGUUGAAUCGGUUAACGCCGAAGCGGAAGUACUGAAAGCUCAGGGAAUCGGUAUAAUCAUCGUCCUGAGUCAUUCGGGCUUAGACGUGGACAGAAUCUUGGCUGCCAACUGCCCGAAUGUUGACCUCAUAGUUGGAGGACAUACGCACAGUUUUCUUUACAGCGGCACCCCGCCAGACAUCGAGGAUGUGCCGGAAGACGUUUACCCCGUUGUGGUGAAUCAGGCAAAUACUACAAGGACCGUACUCGUCGUCCAAGCUUACGCUUAUACGAAGUACCUGGGGAACAUCAGUUUAUGGUUUGACGCAGACGGUGAGAUUGUCUCGUGGCAGGGUAGUCCGAUCCUCCUCGAUUCUUCCUGGGAAGAAGAUCCCGAUGUGCUCGCUGCUUUGGCACCGUGGCGGGCGGAAAUUGACGCGCAGGGUAACAGACCGGUUGGAUCAACGAAAGUAAUCCUUCAAAAUAAUUGUAGGCUCGGAGAGUGUAAUUUCGGAAAUUUGAUCACAGACGCGAUGGUAGACACGUACGUCGAUUUGGCCGAGAACAGCACAUACUGGACUUACGCGGCGUUGGCUUGCAUAAACGCGGGCGGUAUCCGUGGCGGUAUAGAAAGUAAAAACGGCGUAAUAACUUACAACGAUCUGGCUAUAACCCAGCCCUUCAACAACACUUGGGAUGUGAUCGAACUUCAAGGAUCCGACUUGAUCGCGGUAUUGGAGACGAGCGUUGCCGACAGUUUUAACGAAGAUUCCUUCGUUGGCACGGGCGGUUUUUUGCUGUGGUCCGGUUUGAAAGCAACGUUCAAUUUAUCCAACAGUCAAAACUCCAGAUUGACCGAUCUGAAAAUCAGGUGUCGUGCCUGCCAAGUGCCGACCUACGAGGAUGUGGACCCCGAUGAAUGGUACCGGAUCGUCCUGGUUUCUUAUUUAACCACAGGAGGUGACGGCCACACAAUAUUGAGCACCAAACAUCGCAACCGUCGAGUAGGAACGCUCGAUGUCGAUAACCUGAUCAAAUAUUUGAAAAAGAUAAGUCCGAUCAUGACCGGCGUCGAGGGGCGUCUAACCCUUGAAGGAAAAUGGAGCGGUUAGAGAAAAAAAAAAAAAUCAAUCAAGUGUAUUCUACGUCGUGCGAUGUGGGCUUCCUCGGAUGAAUCGUCGAUGACCGUGCGAUACGAAAAUUGUAAAUUAAUAACAAUACGACACAUACGAAAAAUACCAUUAUUGUAGUAUCGAUAAAUCGAUUUCGCAUCAAA